CCAUGGUGAUGGUCAACGUAUUGAGGAAGAGAGUCGUAGGGGUCGGAGGCAGAGAGAUCGUAUGCCCUUCUACCUCCUCGAUCUCGUCAUCCUAGUAGAGAGGGUUCUCGAUGGUAUGAUGAUCGCGAUGCUGCUGGGUCUCCUCGACGAGCCCGGAGCCGGUAGCAGUGUCGCUGCUGUGAUGGCCUAA